GCAGUCCGGCCUGUUGGCAACAGACACUAACUUUGCCAGACUUUUGCAAAGCCAUGAAGAAAGAAAUAUGACCCCGUAAAACCCAAAUCAGAAAAUAUAUGGUCAUUAUCGAUGCAAUCACUGCACCACGAUUGAAUAGUAUUUUCCCUAUGGUGCUUUCUUCCCGGUAAUAUCCUAGUUAUUGGAUGUUGUUAGACUACUUGGAAAGGUAAAUGUGUGAUGUGAAAGUGUGAUGACAAAAUUGCACAGCAGUAGAUGCUAACUUCAGGGUUGCUGUUUUGUAUUUUUACUCAGAGACCUCAACUUCAACAACCUCAUGGUUUUUCCCAGAGCAAUAGAGGCCCUGCCUAAACUCAAGGAACUUGGUUUCCAUAGCAACGAUAUAGCUUCCAUACCUGAAGGUGCCUUCCACAAAAACCCUCUGUUGCGAACCAUCCACCUCUAUGACAACCCUCUGUCGUUCGUCGGGGCUACAGCUUUCCAGAACCUAACCGAACUGCACUCUCUGAUGCUGCGUGGCGCCAGUCAGAUGCAGGACUUCCCAAUCCUUACUUCCACUAACAACCUGGAAAGUCUGACCCUAACUGGCACCAAAAUAUCCUCCAUUCCAGCCCAUUUGUGUGAAGACCUGAAGUUGCUUCGCACAUUAGACCUGUCCUAUAACCAGAUAGAGGAGCUGCCGUCUUUCCACGGAUGUGUCGCACUGCAGGAGCUAAACCUGCAACAGAAUCACGUUCAACAAAUCAACCGAGACACUUUCCAUGGACUCGGCUCUCUUCGCUUGCUAGAUCUGAGCAGGAAUGGCAUGGUAUCCAUCCACAGAGAUGCUUUCCUCUCCCUGACCGCACUUACAAACCUAGACCUGAGUAUGAACUCUCUCACGGGGGUCCCGACAACGGGUCUGAAUUCGCUCAGCCAGCUGAAGCUCUCAGGGAACCUGCAGAUGAAAAAUAUGCUGAGUGCAAAGAGCCUGCCGAAACUGAGAUCACUCUCUGCGCCGUAUGCCUACCAGUGCUGUGCUUUUGCGGACUGUAGCCCCAUGAUGGGUCAUUCAGAAGCUGACGACCUGAAGCAACCCACAGAUGGGGAAGAUGUUGAGAGAAUCUCAAUGAUAAUGCGCUGCACCCCCUCACCAGGAGCAUUCAAGCCCUGCGAGCAUCUCCUGGGCAACUGGAUGAUCCGCGUGACGGUGUGGUUCAUCGGCCUGGUGGCGCUGGUCUUCAACUCUCUGGUGCUGGUGGUCACCUUUGGCCCCAUGCGUCGGGCCUCGGGCCCGGGCCCCUGCCGCCCCCAGGGCUCCUCCCUCUCCGGGGCCCGGCUGCUCACGGGCCUGCUGGCCCUCGCCAACUUGCUGACGGCGCUGUACGUGGCGGUGCUCUCCCUGCUGGACCUCGCCACCUGGGGCUCCUUCGCCGAGUUCGGCGUGUGGUGGGAGAUGGGCCCGGGCUGCGCGCUCGCCGGCGCCCUGGCCGUCUUCUCCUCGGAGUGGGCGGUCCUCCUGCUGGCGCUGGCCGCCGUGGAGCGCGGCGCGGCGGUGCGCGCCGUCCUCCGGAAGAGCGCGCCGUCCCCGCGGCGGGACGCGCCGGCCUGCCUGCGGGGGGACCGGCGCUUCGGCGCGGCGGCGGGCGCGCUGGCGCUGGUGGCCGCCGCCGCCGCCGCCCUGCCCCGCGCGGCCUCCGGCGAGCCCUCGGCGUCGCCGCUCUGCCUGCCCUUCGCCGGCGGGCGGGGCGCGGCGCUGAGCGUGGCGCUGGCGCUGGUGCUGCUCAACGCCCUGGCUUACCUGUUCACGGCCGCCGUCUACACCCAGCUGUACUGCCGGCUGGGCCGCACCGCCCUGGCGGACCCGGGGCAGAGCGGCGCCCUGCGCCACGUGGCCUGGCUCAUCUUCACCAACUGCGUCUUCUUCUGCCCCCUGGCCGCCUUCUCCUUCGCCCCGCUGCUCGCCGCGUCAGGCGCGGCGGCCGGCGGGCCGGAGAUCGCCAAGUCGGUGGUGCUGCUCUUCUUCCCGCUGCCCGCCUGCCUCAACCCCGUGCUCUACGUCUUCUUCAGCCCGGCCUUCAGGGAGGACUGGCUGCGGCUGAGGGCCGGGGCGCGAGGGGGCGGGGCCAGAGGGGGCGGGGCGAAGGCGGUCGCCGGGGCCCAGGGCGCACGAGGGGGAGGAGGAGGAGGAGGCGCCGGCGGCGGGCCCGUGGCGCUGGGGGCGUACGGCUGCGGCGGGGCCUACGCGCCCCUCUGCGGGGAGGCGGUGGCGGUGUGCGCGCAGUGCGAGGCGGCGCUGUGCGCCAGGACCUGCGCCUUGCCUCCCCCCACCUCCUCCUCGUCCUCCUCGUCCUCCUCGUCCUCCUCCGCCUGCAGACACUUGGUGAAGUCCCACAGCUGCCCCACGCUGAUGGCGGGGGCCGCGGCGCCGUGCCCGCGGUCGGAGGGCUACUGGGCCGACCGCGGCACGCCCUCGGCCCAGUCGGAGUGCGCCGACGAGGGGGACUCGUUCCUGUCCGACAGCUCGGACCAGGUGCAGGCCUGCGGCCGCGCCUGCUUCUGCCAGAGCCGAGGCCUCCCCCUGGUGCACUACUCGUACAACAUACCUCGCAUCAAGGACUAAGACAGCCCGCCGGAGGUGUGUGUGUGUGCGUGCGUCUGUGCGUGCGUGCGUGCGUGCGUGCGUGCGUGCGUGCGUGCGUGUGUGUGUUCGUGUCCGACGAGCCUCGUUUGUGUAAUGUGCAGACUACCCUGUCAAUAGACUCUUCGGAAAGCACUUAUUUUUCUAAACAAAACGCCUAAAGGGAACGGUGUGUCAUGUGAACUGACAGGGCCGCUGCUGGUGUUCCAGGAUGUAACUGAGCGUGCGCGCGAGCUAGCCAAGAAGGAUGUCACUCAGGAGGUCCUUGCUACCAGUGCCUACUUCUCGGUUCAAGUUGGACUAAAUAUGAGUAUCUUACGGACCUCAACCUGUCACUUCUAGCUACGGUUCUUGUGCCCAUUUCCGCUUCACCUGUACGUGCUAUUAGUGCUCAAAUAUCGUCUAUAUAUAUAUAUUAUUUUAAACUUCUAUGUCGCUGUGGAACUUUAUGGUAAUUGUAGCAAUGGUAUUCAUCUUCAUUUGUUUAGUUUUAAUGAACUGUACCUUCAGGAGAGGUUUGGGGGUAAACAGAGAGAGGGGUCUUAAAGGUAGGGGGAUAGGCUAAGGACAAAUCGUGCAGCACACCAAACCCUUCUCAUCUAAUCGAAAUCCACUCUUCCUUCUCUGUCACGGUUAAGUACCCUGUACUUGCAUUUUGUGAAAGCAUGACAAAUGAUUCGUCAUUUAAUCAGAAGCGGUUUUUCACUGUACAAAAAAGUAUGACAACGAAUGUGAUAAAAAAGUAGCCAAUAUCACUGUUUUUCCAACAGCCGUGCUGGGUUGUAUCGUGUGCUGCUUUAAUUUAUUAUUUUGUGCAGCAAGAAUGUGUGGGUCGCAGUAACUUCAGGUAUAUGAAUGGUGGCCUUUGGAUGAUGAAUGCACAUAACCCCAGCACUCGCUACCAUUAGAGCACCUCUCGUGAAAAUUCAAUCCAAAUACUUUUUCCUGUUCCUUUUGUAUGUUAGUACUGUAAAUGUUCAAUGAUGGCUCAACAUGUAAUUUGUAGUCUUAAGUUGCACAUAUUGCGUGCUCACAGUCCGAUUCAAAUUGAGUAGUCGGCGAUUGACUCGUUUUUCAGCAUAAUCUUUGUAAUAAAAUGAACUUCAUACAUAACUAUCGCGGUAGGGGGCCAUCUAAUGGUUAUCGGUGUAACUUUUCCUCCGAGGACAUUUUGUGCGAGAUGCUACAUAGGGUGGUGCGGCGGGUGUGGUGUGCUCUGUGCUGGAGCAUGAGUGCACAGACGCUAUGGUGGAAACACCCAUGUAGCAUGUAGCCACAUGCUGUGCCACAUGGAUGCAGGUCACCUGAGAGCUCAGGAAUUUAGGCAGUGUAGGGAAAGUCAUCUAUCAACAAAUUGUUCUUCUGUCCACGUUAUGCAUCGGAAUUACUCGCUUUGAAUUUAUUUUCUACAGGCUUUUUUAUAUGUUCCGACGUUUCCUUUGACACCAAACCUUAAUUAUUUUCCUCUGUUCAAAAUGUCAGUGUACUUUAGAAAUGUUAUUUUGGUUUGUGUAUGUAAAUUAUUUUCAAAGAAAUCUAACAAAUCAAAAUGGGAUGCGAACUAAGGGAGCUACCUCUUCCAGUCUGUUUUUCCUAUUGUUAUUAUAAUGUUCCUUGCAUUUCUGGCUUCAUGUUGAUGCAUCUGGCUGUAUAUCAUAAUUUCAGUUAGGUGCAAUUUGUGGUAGGAAUGUAUGUACUAUAUACUGUGAUUUCUUUCUUUUUUUACCAAUUAUAAACUAUUAAAGUUCCUUUGCAUUUGUUUAUUUUAGUUUUGUUUUAUUUAAGAAAGAAGUUAAAUUCAGGAACAACAAAUGUUUUCAAGGAUAUUCAAACAGGGAGACAUUUUUCAAGAUGUCCCAUUAGCAGGUGGUGCUAAAGAUCUCUAAUGCUACAGAUUUUUACGACUUCGUACUCAGUAAGAGCCCGAGACCCCUUUUCCUUUUGUUAAUCCUAACGGUUAAUAUACAAAUGUUGUGUAGUAAAUUAAACAACACUCAUCUUGCAGACAUCUGUCGAUUGGAGAAACUCUUUGCCCCAAUGUGAAUUGUAUUUAACCUAGUCAAUUUAAUGCAUCUACCAUGCAGGCAGUUGUGGCCACAAGAGUCAUUCCGGGAUACACUAAUCCCAUCUUUUCAGAAAAGGUAAAGAAAUCUAAAGACAUAUGUAUUCACUUUGCCAAGUUGUUACUGUAAUGUAACAGGCAAUCUGCCGGGACUCCACCUGCUUCUCUUGAAGGCACAGGCAAUCACUUUGGAUUAUGAUUUAGCAGAUGGUUUUAUGCAAGUCCCUUUAGGAAUCUGUUAAAUGGCUAAAGGUAAUGUUCUUCAACCCCCAGCCUGCUGCUAGGGGAGCUACGGAUGGAGUAAAGUCCCGGAGCGGUACAGUAGCUUAAUGACCCAUGAUGUGGACCCAGGUAAGAUACUGAGCAUAGCUUUUGAAUUGGUUUUGAUUUGCCUUUAUUCAAACUUGUUAGGGUCAAAGUAUGUUAAUUUGGCAAAUUUGAAACCGUACUUGGUACAUACAGAGGGGACUGGUGUGUUACAUUUAAUUAUAUCCUGGUAGUUGGGAAGAAUAGAGAAUUACUUACAAUUCGUCGAAGACCAAAUUAAGAAACUGCAUUUCUCCCGGUCUUCAUAAAUAUCUGAAGACUAGUCUUUUCUGGGAACAUCUCACCGGCUGGUAUCGUUUUUUAUAACACUAAUAUUUAGAUGAAAUAACUAUACAGGUGGCUGUCACCUCUUGAAACAAGUAUUGUAAAAAUGUGAUUAUUAUUGCUAACAUUUCCUUUUUUGUUUCCAUUUGUAUUUGCUUUGAUAGUUCUCAACCUCAGAUGUAAAUCUAUAAAAUCCUCUGCUAAAUGAGUUUACUGAUGGUGCUGUAUUUAUAGGAGAUUUCAUUGCCCAACAAAUGUUUCCACUUAUAUCCAUAAUCAAGAAUCUUCUUGCAAUGCAGAAGGACCAAAGAGACACAAUGUAAAGAGUUUACAUGAGUCUUCUAUGGUAAACCUCACUCCUGAAAGCUUAAAUACACUUAAAUUUGCCAACCCAUAUGGCUGCGUUCAUUUAGUUUAGCAGUGUUGGCCUUCCAAUCCCGGGGUGUUGUAUUGUGUGGUCGUCAAACAACCUUCCAUUACACCAGUCCAACGGCCGACUAACCUUAUUUGAUUAUAGUCUUUUAUUUCUCUAUACCCUGUCUUUGAGCACAUCUGUUAUACUUCUAACACCCUUACCUUGGAACCAUCUUUAGAGAAGAGAUACAACAGCGCUUCAACUUAAUCACACAUAUAACCACUCUCUAACGUUAUACAUGAAGAUAACCAUCUCUAGCCUCGUACCUAAAUUUAACUACCAUUAACUAAAUACCUACACAUCACCAUCUCUAACAUGAACUAUCAAACCUAAACUUAACCAUCCCUCACAUAAUACCUAAACUUAACAGUCUGUAACCUAAACCAAACCAUCUCGAAGAGGGCCUAAAUGUAAUCAUAACUGUAUACGCUGUUAACAUGACAAAUAAUAUUGGAUUAGGUUUAGGUUGUCGUGAGGUGUCGUAAGCAAAGCGUUACCAGGCUUCUAGGUUGCAUCACAACCAACUGGCUGUAAUCACAUCAGUCUACCUACUUUUUAGCAGUAUAACAUAGGAUUGAAUGCGUUUAAUUACUGUUUUCACAGAUGUUUUUAUUAUUUCUGAAUACCAAUACUGAAUGCCAGAACAAAAAUCCACAAACCAGCCGAAUGAUAAAUAAGACUGAGACAAACAGUUCUCAUUAUUGGUAAAUAGGUCACACAAAAUGGUAAGUGGUCAAAACACAAAAUGUGAAAAACAACGGAUAUCAUCGUAUUUAUCUUGAACACAUUUGCCCACUUGGCCCUGAAAUCCCAGGCUCUUCUUCAGUCAGAUUCUCCACAUUUCUCUUUUUUUUCUUCUCUCUUUUUUUCCUCUUUAUAGAUUUGAGCUGCAAGACAAGACAGAAAGGUGUGUUUUUAUAAAUGGCCACAAGCAACGGUCACAGUGGACCCAACAUAUUCAAGUCAGACUUAAACUCAACACAGCAGUUAUAGGUGAAAGCAACCUCAUUGAAAAAGUAAAGGAGGAGAAGGCAUCGGCGGAUCAGUGGUAGAUUCCUCUGAGGAAGCAUGUCAACACAGGUUGAGAUGCAUAAGCAGGGCGCAGUG